UUGAGCGCCAUUUUUUUUUUCUCAACAGGGGGAAGAAAGGGGACAAAAGCUAAACCAAAAAUAACUUAUCUUUAGGACUCCGUGCGUAAUAAUCACAGUACACAGUAAACUCUAGUUCCCGAUAAGAGGCGGCAUGGGCACAGAGGAGAUGCUGCUCCGGUGACCGUCGGUUUGCAGAGCCUGUAGAGCAGACGCAGUUCACCGACACACAUCAUCUGCAGGCCGGUUGAAGUGGAGCACCGUGGCUCCGCCAGAGGAGGCACAGCGACGUUAAUCUGCACCGAAAAUAUCAACGAGGUUUGUGGUGAAUCAUGUAUCAGCUUCCUGUAGGAAAUGUAGAAAAAAUUAGAAGGGCUCGGAAAGCAGUGAAGAAUAUCCUAAGUGAGAUCGGCCUUGAAGACUGUCAGAACUGGCUAAAGGAGCUAGAUGAAAACCAAGAUGACAAAAACUCAGAAGAGGAGGAAGCUUUUCAAGGAACAGAUUGGAUUGAUAUCACAGAGGGAUUCAGUAUCCGACAGCAGAAGAAGUGGCCCUAUCGGUCUCGAUCUCUGUGCUGCACCCUCUGCAAAUACUCGUCACAAAACCUCUACAACUUCAGAAGCCACAUCUCUCGCUGCCAUGCGUAUGUUCAGACAUAUUGUACGCUGGUCCCUUGCUCCCAAUGCCUCUUCAUCUCUCACCCCAAGAUCGUUAAGAAGCACAUGCUCUACUUCCACGCCAAACUGCCCGUCCCAAACAUGCAGAUACAGAAGGAAGCUUCGUUCACCCAUCGCUCGGCUGAGAGGUAUCACUGUCGAAGGUGUGGAUUCCCAAGCUCCUCCAUCUUCGCCAUAAAGAAGCACAUCAUUCUCAAGCACUUGGAACACUUGGCCCAGCAGUACAUCGGUUAUAGAUUACACCAGCAGGCGUCUACGGCUGUAAAGAUCUACUGCUGCAAGGUGUGCAAGGUGAACACUGGAACUCUGGACCAAAUGCUGCACCACAUGUUGGUCGAGCCGUCACACUACACAGUCACCACACAGGUGCAGAGUCUAAUAACAGAAAACAAGAACUACACCGGUAAACCUACUUCUAAUGGCAAUGGGUUGUUGGUCACAUUCCCAAAUAUUGCUCCCAAACCACAAACGCCUCAGAUACUUCCCAAUAACUCCUUAGUUGUACCCAGUAACGGCCAAACUGCCGGCACAGUGGUAGCCGUGCAGCAGCUGCAGGGAAACGCAAAUAGUACGACUCUGAUCUGUGCCCCUGGAACCAACCAAGCUUUUCUGCCACCACAAGCUUCAGCAUUGGUGCAGCUGGCUAGUGCUGAAGCUAAAGGUUUGCUCCAGCCUGGCGCCACGAUAGCUCUAAGGAGCGCUCUGCCCCAGGGGCAGUCCGUGGUCCAGCUUCCAACAGUGUCCAAUGUGUCUCUAAAGCAGAGCCCAGUGACCAUAUCUUCUACUGUAGCUCAACCACAAUUGGUUUCAACAGGGCAGCAAAUGGUUCCUCCAGCAGGACCUCAGGCCAGUCUGGUUCCUGGAGCCGCCCCCAAAUCUGCUGUGGCUGUUCAAAAUGCACCAAUAAACCACACUCCCCUCCAAGGUACCAUGAUGACGUCACAGUCCCUGCUGAGUCACCUCAUCCCAACUGGGAACAGAGUGAAUGGCAUGCCUACGUACACAUUCGCUCCACUCGUUUCUCAGAGAACAUCCACCCCCCUCAAGCCUGUUGAGCAGUUGAGUAACUCGGCACCACAAACCAAGAAAUGGAUCACCUGUCCCCUCUGCAACGAACUGUUCCCUUCAAACGUCUUCGACAUGCACACCGAGGCCGCCCACCAGACCAAAUCAACCACUUCCAAGUCAGAAAGUGUCGCUGCCCGAGCAGCAUUCCUGAAGAAAAUGCCCGACAAGACUGUCAAAUGCCUAACGUGCAAAGUGCUGCUAACAGAUAAGAUAGUCUUCCAACAUUUGCUUCAUGGGCUAAAUUGUUUGUACUGCUCCGCUUUGUUCUUUUCGGUCAAACAGCUUGUAGAGCACGUAAAGCUGCACAAUCCAGCAAGCAAGGUGUAUUGUGACUUCCUCAGGCAGAAGUUUAGGAUCUACUCCAAAGGUAACGGCGGCAUCCUCUUUCCUCAUUUUGACGUUUGCACCACCGCACCGAAGGAGGUCCUGGGAGAGGCGGAGGUCAACCUCGCCCUUGUCACGAGUUCUCUCGACUUGAUUUUUUUUAAGGUGCAGGCCAGCACCCACCAAGACGUUUGCGCAGCACCCAUAAAAAUCCACAGCCCCUACUGUCCCUUCUGCAACGAGAGGUUUCAGAAUCAAUCUGAUCACAUCCUGCAUCUGAAACAGAAGCACUUUGUUGCGCCCACCAUUCAUGCAAUCCUGAAGACCGAGGCAUUCAAAUGCAUUUACUGCAAUGGUGUUUACACAGGAAAGGUCACCCAGCAGGCAGUGAUGCUUCACAUCAAGCGAUGCCGCUGUUCUCCAAAGCCAGCGCAACCUCCGAAACCCCCAGGUCCCACACUGGUGCCGCAGCAACCACAACCGUUAAAACCACCUCAGCAGGUUGGUCAGCAGUCCGGACUCUACUUCCUCCAAGUGCCACAGGGAAUGACGAUGACAAGGACCUUAGCGCCGGCUCGUGUGAUACGAGCUCAGGCCCCUGCGCCAGCCCCUGCGCCGGUCUCUGUGGAGCCCCCAGAGACUGAGGCUGAGCGGCAGCUCAAGAGGAAGCUGGAGGCCGCAUUGAAGGAGGCGAUGGAGGCCAACAGGCGAGAGCGGGAAGAGAGAGCCGCCCUGCGCAAGAAGAGGGAGCAAGAGAGACGGGAAAGGGAGAAGGAGCUGCAGGAGUGGAAGCAAGCACCCCCACCAGAGCCAGAGGUCCAGAGCGACCCUUCGGUCAAACUUGUGUUGGAACCGACCACUGUGGAGCGACGCUGCAGUGAGGAGCGCCGAGAGUUCAUCUCAAAGUACUUCAACGCCAACCCUUACGCAACCAAACCGGAGACCGAGGAGCUGUGCAGGAGGCUGUCUGUGACCAAAUCAGAGCUGGCUGGACAAUUCAGCAAGAAGCGCAGCAAGUGCAUGAAAAGCCUCAAGAGGAACACAGCUGUCAUCCUGCUGGGCUUCAACAUGGCGGAGCUGAAUAAAGUCAAGCACAACCUUCAAAUCCCCGAGCCAGAGCCACCGGCCGACGCUGUAGAAUCAGACGGAGAGGGGGAAUCAGCAGCACCGCCGCCCAGCGAGGAAGAAAGGAAGGAGGUCAAGGACACACCAGAACCGAUGGAUGUUAGAGAAGCAGAGGAAGUUCCAGAGGCAGAGCAGGAGGAGCCAAUGGAAUGAGAGCAGAAAUGCUUUGAUAUCUGGACUAGAUAUAGGAAAAAUCAAAACAGAAACUCCUUUGUUUUCAGUCAUGGAGAGGCAACCUUUUCAUAAUAUCCCAGCGACCCUGUAACUGAGGGCGGUUCGUCGAUGUAGACGUCAUUAACAGUGCUUUGUUCAGCCUCCGUAUGCUAUCAGUGCUCCUUAUUCUAAUCUCCACACAGAUGCAGCGACAUGUCAUCAGUGCUUUUCUAAAACAUAAAGAUUAUACCAAUGUUGAGGCAGUAUUUUCAUAGAUAUAAACAUUUACAACAAACUUCACACUUUAGUUCUGUCGCCCACCCACUUAGCUGCCUUGCACACCCAUUAAAGCCCCUCUGUCUAUGAAUUGAAUCUUUUCCAAGUUAAAAUAGAUUUAUUUCAGACCUUGCCUUAUGAGUCUGACCUGAGUUCUAUAAUGUGACCACACCUGCUGGUUUUGUAUUUUUCUUUUCACA